AUGGGGAAAUACAUGCGGAAGGCGAAAAUCUCUGCUGACGUGGCGGUGAUGGAGGUUUCUCAAGCCACCCUUGGUGUCCGGACGCGUGCAAGGACUUUAGCUCUGCAACGCCUUCAAUCGUCUUCUACUCCUCCUCCACCAUCGCCGGCUUCCCUCAACGGUUCUGAUUCCUCUUGUUACCUUCAGCUCCGUUCGCGCCGGUUGGAGAAGCCUUCUAAUUUAAAGCCGAGAGCCGAGAAACCCCCCUCCUCUCGAAAUGAUUCUGCCCAAUUGGAAUCGGGAAUAAAUUCUAACCCUAGGUCUGAUUCCAAGGUCGGGGUGAGUGAUUCUUUUGGAAAUUCGGGCUCAAUUACCCGACCCAACAAGGGAGAUGGCUGCUUUGGGAGCAGAUUAGUUGAUGAAGUAAAUCAGGACUAUGAUUUUGGUGUUGAGGCUUCUUUUGGGGAAAACAGUUUGGGUCUUGAUAACAGAGAAAGGAGCACCCGUGAAAGUACUCCAUGCAGCUUGAUAAGGGAUGUUGAUGUUGCCACUCCUGGAUCUUCUACAAGGCCGAAGACAGUCAGGGCGGAGAAUAGAAGAAGCCAGAGUGCAAUUUUGGAAAAUAUUCCUUCAACAGCUGAGAUUGAGGAAUUCUUUGCCCGUGCAGAUCAGCAGCAGCAGCGACAGUUCAUAGAGAGGUACAACUUUGACAUUGUUAAUGACGUGCCCCUCCCUGGAAGAUAUGAGUGGGUGAAAGUUCAACCCUGA